CCUAUGGGCGCAUCAACUGUUCUCUCUGCCCCCAAGAUCAAUCCGAACGGUUAUGCAAUAGCUUUCACCUUAUCGAUUAUUUUGGGAUGUGUAGUCAUGCGCCUCAACUUUGCCAGCGUGAACGCACAGGAGAAAACUACACGUCCCGACGGGCGUAGCGGCGCAUUGCUUCACUAGUUACACACACUGACUGUAGUUCGCUCCACUUGAAAAUCCGUUCAUGAUUCACUUCAUUAAUAAAUAAAUAGUUCGGUGUCAUGGCGGAAUCUGCAGCGUGUCCUGCUUUCCAGCUCGGGAGACCCCGAUACGACCAGGGUACGUUUCUUGGCCGGCUGAGACACUUUGUGGACAUUAUUGAUCCCAGCACCCUGUUUGUAUCAGAGAAACAGUUAAAAGAAUCCAUCAAACUCCUGGAUGACUAUAAACAUGGCACACUUUCACCUGGAGUGUCUGAUGCUCAGCUGUGGCAGGCCCAGAAGAUCAAACAGGCCAUCAUUCAUCCAGACACAGGAGAGAAGAUCUUCAUGCCAUUUCGAAUGUCAGGUUAUGUACCAUUUGGAACACCGAUUGUCAUUGGCCUUCUUCUCCCAAAUCAGACUGUGGUGUCUACCAUUAUAUGGCAGUGGCUGAACCAGAGUCACAAUGCCUGCGUGAACUAUGCAAACCGAAAUGCCACAAAGCCAACACCAACGUCCAAGUUUCUUCAAGGCUAUGUAGGAGCUGUGACAAGCGCCGUGUCUAUCGCUGUGGGGCUGAAUGUGUUGAUUCAGAAGGCCAACAAGCUGAGUCCUGCUACAAGAAUGAUAAUACAGAGGCUGGUUCCCUUCCCAGCUGUAGCGAGUGCAAACAUCUGUAACGUGGGCCUGAUGAGACACAGUGAGCUGUCUGAAGGUAUCGAUGUGAUGGACGAUAACAGCAAUGUGGUGGGAUCCUCCAAAAUCGCCGCCAGACAUGCGAUCAUGGAGACGGCCCUCACACGUGUGGUCCUGCCGAUGCCAAUUUUCGUCCUGCCCCCCAUCAUCAUGUCCUACCUCGAGAGGCUGCAGUUCCUGCAGAGCAACCGCAGAUUGUUGCUGCCCAUCCACAGCGUUGUGUGCCUCGUUACAUUUGGCCUCUCCCUGCCUGUGGCCAUCAGCCUGUUCCCCCAGAUGUCUCAGAUUGAGGUGACUCGCCUUGAGCCGGAGAUUGCCAUGGCAACAGAUUGCAAGAUGGUGACCUACAACAAGGGUUUAUGAUGGAUGCCGCGAUGUGGGAGAGGAGAGGACAGGGAGCGAGGAUGGAAAUGCGGCUGCAUUGUGAAUAGCUGUUAGGGAGAACCGACAGCAGGGUUCCUCCUGUCGACAGGUUUGGGAACUUUCUGCUGCAUCAUUAUCACAGUAUAGAGCCUGUAGAUGCUCAAGUACUAACCCAACGUUUUUAAACCUGUUUUAUACGAUUCUGAAGAUCCCAGACAUUGUGGGUCAUGGUUUCUUUUGGAAAUGCCAUGAAGUUCUUUCGUUUUUGGUGUUCUUAUGAACUCUGUACAUAACAAUGAUGAUUUAUUGGCUGUCAAAGGUUUUUUACCAUUGUACUUAAUACAGUACAUUCAAGACUUUGUACUCCAUACAAAUAUUAAACUCUGGAGAACAAUUCUAGUCAGUUCUUGAUCAAACACAUUUUAACCCAUUUUAACAAAAUUUCAAAAGUGCUGUUUAAAAUGGCAUAAAUUAUGUUUUUUCUUUUAACUUGGAUGCGAUGGUAAUGAGUGGCAAAAGAAUGCAUACAGCAUGACCAGCUUUUGAUGCUACAACACUAUAAUUCAUUUGGAGUUCACUUUCUGCUAUUUUUUUGGUCUCCAGCACCUGUAAACAGGAAAAAUAUGUGUGUCUUCUGCUGCCAAAUGACCCACUCUGGUCACUGGCUAGAUGUUAACUUUAUGAAUAUGCCAUUUGGUAUAGUGCAAGACAAGUACGGUGAAUUUGUCAGAGCCUGGGAGCUGGAAAAGUCAGUGAGAUGAAAACAGUUCAGUAGCGCUGUGGUAGAGCUGCAGAGUCAAGAGAUGAUUCUUUCUGGGUUCAUCACUACAGCUCCUCUACACUGCAGCUAUUUACAUACAUGUAACAAUUUAAACUCAAUUUUAAUACGAGUGUUGAUUGUAGCUGAUAUAAUGCUGUCCACAUGGCCUUAAAUUACCAGCAUCGUCAUCAGGAACAGUCCUACCUCCUAGACUACUUUGGAAGUAAGCACACGGUUGCUGAACAGGAAUUUUCCAGUAUGCUUACUACUGUUAAUUAAUGAGUUACCAUUUGAUGUUUCUUUAUAUAGGUUCAUUACCUCCAAAAUUAGAAGCUUAUGACUGUAUUACUGAAAUUAAACAAUGUCUGGUUAAAGGCCUUUGUCAGUUGAAGCUUUUUCUGUGCUGUAUUUGAUUUCUUUUUUUUUCCAUCCUGUAAUUCACCUGAUAAAUCCACCAGCCCACUUUAAGGAUGCUCACCAUCAGAACAGGAUAUUUAGGCCUUUCUUAAGGCUGAUAUUGAUAAUAGUACACUGCCUGGCCCCCAAAAAAAAAAAAAAAAAAAAGAAGAAGACGCCACCUGGUUUGAUUGAUUUAACUAAGCAAAUAGGUACGAGCCUCCUACUGGAUAAUUAUUGCACAGAUGAUUAUCUUUCAGCAUGUCAAAAGACACAUCCUGUGGUCAUGGAAAAGAUGUUAAUCUAUUUGAUAAGGGUCAAAUCACUGGCAAGCAUCAAGCAGAGAAAACAUCUAAGGAGAUUGAAGCAGAAACUACUAAAAUUGUGUUAAGAACUGUCCAACUCAUUAUUAGAAACUGGAACGAUAGUGGGCACAAUCAACAACAGUAGAACUCAGGGCUACGUUUAAUAGUGAAAGUGAGAGCAUUUUCACAUGUACAAUGUGAAGGGAACCCAAGUGAUUGGGACUGAACAGUUGUGUAGCCUUAAGAAAACCACUAAUCAGUGAGGCUAACCAGGAAAAAAAGGCUUUAGUUUUCUAGGGAGCAUAAAUAGUGCCUACUGUACAAGCCCGUUGAGGCAGUGUUAUGAUCCUGGGUUGCUGCAGUUGCUCAGGUCUAGGUUCAGCAAUAUUAUGCCUAAAUAUUGAGCUCAGCUGACUACCUGAAUAUACUGAAUGACCAAGUUAUUCCAUCAGUGGAUCUUUUAUUACCUGAUGGCACAGGCAUAUAUAACAAUGCUUCCAGACCUGAACCCCAAUGAGAAUCUUUGGGAUGUACAGGAGGAGGCUUUGCUCAGUGGUCAGACUCUCCCAUCAUCAAUAGAAGAGACUGGAUGAAGCUUAAAGUGGUCCAAUGAAAUAUUAGAGCGUGUCACCUUUUUCCUGGUGGCAAUUUUUUUUGGCCAGGCAAUGUAUAUUUGCUUUACUUUUUUUGUAAUAGCAAUCCAUUAAAACGGAAAACUGCUAAGUCGUAGCCAUGACAGUUAUUGAAAUGAACAGGUGAAAAACCAACUGUCUCCAUGAUGGACAGACCAUAGAGCAACUGUUAUUGUGAACGGCAGGUGCUUUCACCUUAUCGGUCGACAUAUGUGUCGAUAUACGCUACAAGUCAAACGUUGGAACACAACUUCUCAUUUAAUGGUUUUUCUUUAUUUUUUAUGACUAUUUACAUUGUAGAUUGUCACUGGUAGCAUCAGAACUGAAGGGAAAGAAAAAGGAGGAAAAGUGGAGGCAAAGAUCUAAAAUUUGGACUCAUCAGACCAGUGUCUUCAGUAUGUAUCUCCAAUGUAGAAAGGAGUAAAAAAUAAAGAAAACAUAACAGAAGGUGUGUCCAAACUUUUGGCUGGCAUAUAAACUUUACAACGAGGAACAUGCUGAUGAAGGGAACAACCACUACAGGACAAAUGUGAAUCCAAUCUCCUCUGUUAGUGACUAUACUACACAUGCACAUUCUUUUGAAACUGACAUCAAAACAUUUUACCCACGUGAUGUGAACUAAUUUUCCUUCGUACCUUGUUUGAAGGACUUUUUAUUUCACCACUGACUGUUGUUAAACCGCUGCUGUAUUCUCAGUGAAUUACUCCUUUUGUACAAUACUUAAAAAUAACUACAAAUGAACAAACCAUAACAUAUAUCUUUGUAUAAUACUUUGAUUGCAUCUGUAAGUUUAUUAUAUUGUUGAAAUAAUAUAAAUCAUCUAUAUCUAUAUUAUUUUACAGUAUAUAAUAAAUACUCUUUCACUGUAUGUAGUGUUUGUACACUGCUUGA